CAAAUACCGCUCUACGAAAGACUACGAUCAUACGGGUUCUGCCUCAGGCUGCAGUGCCGCUGCACGCUAUUCACGAAAAUUCAUAAGACGAUAUUAAACGACAUAGAUAACAACCGCAACCGUGUAGUCAAGGGCGAGCCUGUUUGUUCUUCGCUCUCUGAUUGUUCUUGGACCAUUCCCUAGCCUUAGCUACACCCUGCCAGGGCAGGUCCUCCAACCGUGGCCCAUCAGCUAACAGCCAACAGCUAUAGUUCACAGUAGCAGUUCAUACUGACUGUUCCCAUCAAACAUGGCCACCCUUCUUUCACCAGCCGUGUCCAUGGCCACCACAGACUCUACCCCGUUCUCCCAGUACCAUUCUCUCCGCCCGUCUCCAACACCAUCCUCAAGCUCUUCAUCAUCCAGUGGCUCUUUGGAUCGCGCAGAUGAAGAAAAUCUCACCAUCACCACGUCGCGCUCAUUGCUCGCGAGAAACAAGGGGAAGCGAAAGAGCCAUGAAGACAUUCGUCUCCUCGCCAUCUCCACACACAUCACCGAACUCUCGUACAGUAUAUCCGACAUCCAGACGCGUAUAUUUGAAAUACAGGAACUACGACAUAAGUCUCAAUCUUCAGGCGAUGCAGCCGCCACGACCGUCGUCAUCGACAAAGCUCUUAUGACUCUUGAUGAACGCCUUGAAGCUGUCGCCCAUGGCAUGAAAUCCGUGUCUGAUUCUGUUUCCCCCUUUCAGAUCCAGUCAAAUGAUACUCCUGACUCCGAACAAGCUGUACUGGUCCGCAAGCAUGCAGUACUCGUCACCGAAUGGGAAGCCGUGCAGAACGACACGGAUGUUCUGAGGGAGGAGUUGAAAGAGGACAAAUGGCUCACUGUGUUCAGAACCGUCACAGAACAGGCUGACGGAAUGAUGGGGAGCUUGGAGAAGGCAGUCAAUCGUUGUCAGGAUUUUAUUUGGCAGGUACACCGGGGAGGUGCAGAGGAUUCACUCUGGCAGUCCAGGGGCUCAGUUAGUUCGGACAAGAAUCCUCUGAGCAUCGAGGUAUUCAACGAGUUGCUAAGCUCAUUCGAAGCAAAGAAAAAGCACUACGUCCCAGCCACGUCCAAGGUACUUGCGAUCAUUGACAAUGGCGUGCAGAAUCGUGUCACAAAGAACGGGGAGACGCUCCGACGACAUGGAGAAUCUGCUAAGAGGUGGCGGAUUCUCAAGGAGCGAAUGGCCAAGACGGAGAAAGAGAUGGAAGCCGUACGAAAGAUCCUCACGGGUGGUGAUAUGGCUGCCAGUGAAACUGGUUCCACAGUAUCGGGGUAUACGGCAAAUGGCUACCUUGCAACACCCUCAAAUCACUCUUCGAAAGGCCGUGCACCGAGCCGAGCAACAAGUUCUACGAGCACUCUUUCGCGGAGCAUAUCACCUCUGAGAAAGUUUGCAAGGAAGAUCGCCGGUCACGUACGCUCGCCUCCGGCCCCCGUCACUCCAUUGCCUGUAUCACGAGAAUUGUCUUCGGUGUCAAGGGACUCCUCACAAUCACAGGGUCCCUCAUCGGAGCCCACCAAGAUACUACGACGACAACGCACCUCUAUAUUCGCAUUUAAUCGGUCUACCAGUGGUGCCCCACUUACACCAGAGAAGGGACACAAAUAUAGCCACAGCCUCACGCCCGACUCCUCCCCCGCUUCCAAACGCCUUGACCGUGUCGACGACCCGAAUGCAACCGUGAAACUGAAAUUGCUAAAGCAGCCAUGGAACAGCUCAACGAAGGUAGAGGCGCCGGACCCUGCGGCGACCAUCAAGCCCACUCCCCCAAAGCGGUCAAACGCCAAGUCUGUUCUCACCCCUGAAUAUGGUCCUCUUGUGCCGAGCACGCCUUCACGAAGAAGCCUCAGCCGUAGUUCAAACGCGUCUUCACGACCUUGGUCUCCUGUAACUUCUUCUGCAUCCACAAACCCUUCUAUACCUCCUCUUCCACCUCUACGUCCACCAUCACGAGCUCAAACGCCCAGCCUGGGGACGACACCACGCCCACGGCCCAAGACCCCAAGUCAUAUUCCAGCCCCCGCGCUACACUGGCGCUCCGCGUCUGCACGGCAGCCUGAUGGUGAUGAUGACGAAGAGCUCACGACCCUGAUGCAGCGCGCAUUUUCGCCUCCACAUACUAAUACCUCUCCAAGCGCCUUCCGUUCGUAUACCCCGAGCGGCGUACGCAUACCCCCACCACGCCCUCCAAGCCGAUCACAAAUACCCCUUCCCAGCGUGCACGUCUCCUCCGAAUCGCGUCCCUCGUCAUCGGCGUCCUUCUACCGCCCCCAAAGCCCACUUACCCCAGGGUCUCUCCUCAGGGCACAGACACCCGAAUCAACACUGAAAGCAAAAGCUCAACAGAUACCGUUCUAUGGGGGCAUGGGAAACAGUGGGAUUCGUACAUCUGCGCGGCAAACUAUCGCAGGAAAGCUCCCGCCGUCGUCAUUCCGCGAUUCGUCGACGACCCGGACGCCCAACUCGCGUCCGGGGUCGCGAUCAGGGUCGUAUACACCCAUGGAGCGCGACCCAAUGCAUUUAUACGUCCCCGCGAGUGACAAGGACCCACUCGACGUGGAGGUUGCGGUGAUUGUGAAUGCUAUCCCGCAUGGGCUAUUGAUUGAGCGUGUGGACCCCCCUCUGAAGGCGCCGCCGAAGGAGGGGGAGGAGAUCAGGGCGUCGUAUGCGUUUUCGAAUAGUUUGAGUCGGAAAGUGGUGACUUGUAAACUGACGACGCUGACGCGCUCCGGGGCGAGAGGGGGCGGGACGUCGAAGAAGGUUAUGUGUCGGGUUGGAGGAGGCUGGCAAGAUUUGCAGCUCUACAUGCUCAACCGUCAAGCAGGCAUGUAGACUUUUACAAGGAACGGUUACCCAUGCAUCAAACCUGAAUUAUUUUUUUUGCACUUUUCACAUUUCAUCAAUGACGAUCCAGAACGAUCGCACCUAGAGAAUCGCUAGCCACGAAACAAAUUUACUUUUCUUAUUUCUUGUUGGGG